CUCGUGCAAUAUGCGCCCUGUGCGGGUGGUCAAUACUUUUUUAAGCCGGGUGCCCCUCAGAGCCCUAAUCCUCGACCACCACCAUCAACCCGUCAAACCGACGCAGCCCGCUUCAUAAGGGACGGCUAACUCGUCUUCUGGCACUGGACUGUGCUCAUCCGAUGCUGCUCUAAGAUCGCCCGGCCAUGGGGGACGUCUCACCCUCCCCUCACCAGCUGCUGGUAGAGGCGGUUGUCUUUUGGAGCAUCGGGGUGGUUAUCUACAUUGGGCGAAUCGUCGCUCGAUGCAUCUCCAAUGGAGGAAUCCGCAAUCUGCAGGUCGAUGACUAUAUCAUGACCUUUACCUUUCUCGUGUAUACUACUCUCCUCGUCCUCAUCCGCGUCUCCGCCGAAUACGCAACAAACCUAUACCCAGCGUCAGAGAAUGACCGCAUCCUCUCCGACCCCGACGAGGUCGCCCGGCGCGUCUACGGCAGCAAAAUCGUCAUCGGCCUCGAGCAGAUGAUGCUGGUCUCAACCUGGGGCGUCAAGACCUGCCUGGUGACAAUGUACUGGAAGCUCACGCAACGCCUGCGCUGGCAUCUCUUCGUCCAGAUCCUCGCCGGCUACGUCGUCCUCGGCUUCGUCGUCAUCGAAAUCACCUACUUCGCUGUCUACUGCCGGCCCUUUUCGCAGUACUGGGCCGUCCCCGUCCAGAACCAGCAAUGCGCCAGCUACCAGCACUACUCCAUCACGCAGGCCGUGUUCAACAUCUCCUCGGACGCCUUCAUGCUCAUCAUACCAAUCCCCUUACUGAAGGGCGCCCAGAUGCCCAUCCGCAAGAAACUCCUCCUUAUCGCCGUUCUCGGUCUCGGCGUGUUCGUCAUCAUCGCCGCCAUCCUGAAUAAAUACUUCAACUUCCACUCCCCGGACACAACCAUCUACCAGCUGUGGUACAUCCGCGAAGCCUCCACAGCCAUCUACGUCGCAAACCUCAUGUGCUGGUGGCCAUUGCUCCGCCGUAUCUUCGGCAGCGUGCUCUCGCAGUACAGCGGGCGCUACCGCACCGACCAGUACGAUCCUUACUACGGCAACCCGUCGCGCGCCUCGGGAGGGCUAUCCCAGGCCCUCGGUGGUUCGCGGCCAGGGACGGGCCAUGUCACGCAGACGUCAACAACCGGAGACAAGCCGUCGAGUCGGUGGUGGCGUGGCGGGAUGAGAAGUCGGGGGCGAUCACGCACCAGGGCCGAUUCCAAGGGCGUAAUGGGGUUGACGACGUUGACGACGUCGACGAGUCAGGAGGCCAUCAAUACGCCAAAUCCUCCCGGCAGCGGGGGGUCUGGAGGUUCGGACUCGCAUGUGCCGCUGGAGAUUUGGCGCAAGGUGGAGGUGAAUGUGGAACAGAAUCGCAGUCCGGAUCCGGAAGCAAGACCUUAG